UGCUUGCUUUAGUUUCUGAAAUGCUGCUUGAGAUAAAGAUGAAAUUUAUACAUGAACCAAAUUUCUUUGUACUUUUAACUGAUUCUGAAUAUGGAUUAAACAAAUUUCCAACGAGAGGUCACCUAUUUUGCUGAGUUAAAAGGAAGUGUGGGGUUAAGGAUUGAUGCAACAGUACACUACGAGUGCUAUUGGGUGGGCUCACAUUUCUGUUUCUUUUCUCCUUUUCCCUUUUCAGUUAUUAAAAUUGUUAGGGGGAGGAUAUAUUAUAAAUAUGUUUUGAGUUAUGUUACAUGAGAAGCGGAACUCUGAUAUUGCCCACAUUGUAGUUCCUUCCCCCUACAGUACAAAAUUCAACCUCUCCUCUGUUUUCCCGCAUCCCUUAAUAAAGUGGAAGCCAUGGAAACUCCCCAACCCCUCUCGAUUGAUAGCUUUUCAUACAGUUGGUUAGUAAACCUGAAUCCUUCUUUAGAUAGUCUAGACAGCUCUCUCAGAGCCUCACUUGAUGCAUGUGAUGAAGCUUCCUUCAUUGAGAUGGACCCAAGAAUGCCACCCUCUAGGAGAUUCUUCAGAAAUCCUCAGGAUUUUAAGUUUGACUUUCCCAUUUCACAAGCUCCUCUUACCCUUGUUCAUGCAGAUGAGCUUUUUUCCAAUGGUUAUGUCAUGCCUUUCUUUGUUAACUCUUUGAAGAUGGAGGCAUAUGAAGUUUCUGAUUCAACUUCAACCCUGCCUACUUCACAUGCACCAAACCUUGUGGUUCCAGCUAGUAAAACAAAUCGUCCUUCUUUGAGAAGAUGUCGACGAUUUUCCAAGAGGAUGAUUUUGAAAUCCUUUGAUUUUCUUCGGCCAUUAUACAGAAGAAUACGAGGACAUAAGUCAAGUAGCAGAGCUGAAAGUGUUGAUGCAAGAGUUCAGGUAAUGAAGAACUGGGUAUAUUCAGCACAAACAUCUCCUCGAAUAAGUGUUGCAUACUCCGCUGAUGAGUGGCGAAAGUCAUGUGAUUCCGAAAGCUCAAUUUAUGAGGCAGUUCUGCAUUGCAAAAAAUCAAUCGGAAAAUGAAUGGAGGAUCCAUUUGAAAUCCAUAUGGGAGAAAGGAAAGAGGAGGUGUCUAGAAUGUUAUCUUGCCACUUGUUAUUUGUCCUCUUCCUUCUCUUCUUUUGGGAUGACAAUGUACAUUUGUCCUGUAAGGAAGUUAAAGCUAUGUAAAUGGUUGGCCAUGGCCCUCAGGGAAAGAGGGGUGGGGGGCACGCACGCAUCCCUUUAGUUGAAAAAAUUACUAGUAAAUUUGUAUGAACAA